GGGGGAGAAAUGAAGUUGUGCUAAAAGGCUUUUAGCCGGAAAAGAAGUUAUUAGGGCAUUUCUCAGUCGCAAUUAGGGCUUCUUCAUUAAGCCCACCCCCACCCAGUAUGUGAGAGGGAGAGCCGGGCAGCCGAUAAAGGGGCGGGAGGCGGCAGCGCCCGGCUGCCCGCCGGCGUGGGGAGCCGCGACGGGCACCGACCGCGCCCCCGCUAUUAAUGAGCCAAUUAAAGAGGGGUCCGCACCCUGGCACGGCUCGCUGCGGACUGCCCUGCGCGGGGACGCCAGAGGCUCCUACGAAGCCGCCCGCGGAGGCCCCGUUCCGGCAGCGGAUCGCGGGAGGACCGGGAUUACCAUGACCCGCUUCGAGAGGCACUGCCCGCGAUGAGUAGGAGCGGAGGCCCGAAACACCUCGUUUGGCUGCGGCGUCGUGCCACGGGCUUGUAGCUGUGUUGUUGUUGUUGUUCCCCCCCCCCCCCCCCCUGCAGUUGCUUGGAGUCUCUGAGCUGCAUUGGAUAAAUGCCUUUCCCCCCCCCGAGAGACUUUUCAGAGCGUAUUCGUUCUUUUGAAGAACGCCGCUCUGCUCUUCGGCACUUUGCUCCGUUUCACCCAACGGUUUCUCUGGGCGGCGGCCGUUCUCCCGCCCGAUGCUCCGGGACAUGAACCGCAACUGAGCGCUCCCCUCCCACCUUUGGAUGAAGCUCCGGAGCUUAAACUGUAGGAAGGAAGGGGGAAAAAAACACGAUGAAAGAGAAGUCCAAAAAUGCUGCCCGGACUAGGCGGGAGAAAGAAAACAGCGAGUUUUAUGAACUGGCUAAAUUACUGCCCCUGCCCUCGGCCAUCACCUCCCAGCUGGACAAAGCAUCCAUAAUCAGGCUCACCACCAGCUACCUCAAGAUGCGGGUGGUUUUCCCAGAAGGACUGGGAGAAGCCUGGGGCCACUCCAGCCGCACCAGCCCGCUGGAUAACGUCGGACGGGAGCUGGGAUCGCAUCUUUUGCAGAAUAACACCCCCGGAGGACGGUACUUUAUGUGUCGGUCUGUCUGUGUCCAUCUCUCUGUCUGUUGCUCCCUCUGCCGACCCUUUCCCCAGACGCUGGACGGUUUCAUAUUCGUGGUGGCUCCGGAUGGGAAGAUCAUGUACAUCUCGGAGACCGCCUCGGUGCACCUGGGCCUGUCUCAGGUAGAGCUGACCGGCAACAGCAUUUACGAGUACAUCCACCCCGCCGACCACGACGAGAUGACGGCGGUGCUUACAGCCCACCAGCCCUACCACUCCCACUUCGUGCAGGAGUAUGAGAUCGAGCGGUCCUUUUUCCUGCGGAUGAAAUGCGUACUGGCCAAGAGGAACGCGGGGCUGACCUGCGGGGGCUACAAGGUCAUCCACUGCAGCGGCUACCUGAAGAUCCGGCAGUACAGCCUGGACAUGUCCCCUUUCGACGGCUGCUACCAAAACGUCGGUUUGGUCGCCGUGGGCCACUCGUUGCCUCCCAGCGCAGUGACAGAGAUCAAGCUGCACAGCAACAUGUUCAUGUUUCGGGCUAGCCUGGACAUGAAGCUCAUCUUCCUAGACUCCAGGGUGGCCGAGCUCACCGGGUACGAGCCCCAGGACCUGAUCGAGAAGACCCUUUACCAUCACGUACACGGCUGUGACACCUUCCACCUGCGAUGCGCGCAUCACUUGUUGCUGGUGAAGGGCCAGGUGACCACCAAGUACUACCGCUUCCUGGCCAAGCACGGCGGCUGGGUGUGGGUGCAGAGCUAUGCCACCAUCGUGCACAACAGCCGUUCGUCACGCCCGCACUGCAUCGUCAGCGUUAACUACGUCCUUACGGAUACUGAAUAUAAAGGACUACAGCUCUCCUUGGAUCAGGUCACAGCUACCAAGCCGGCAUUCUCAUACGCAAAUUCAACUCCGACCAUAACGGAUAAUAGAAAGGGAAGCAAAUCUCGCCUCUCGAGCACAAAGUCAAAAUCAAGGACAUCACCAUACCCACAGUAUUCCGGAUUUCACACUGAGAGAUCUGAAUCUGACCAUGAGAGCCAGUGGGGUGGGAGCCCCCUCACCGACACAGCCUCUCCCCAGCUGUUGGAGCCCACAGACAGGCCGAGCUCCCAGCAUCACGAUGUCUCCUGUGCCUACAGACAGUACUCGGACCGCAGUGCUCUCUGCUAUGGUUUUGCACUAGACCACUCCAGGCUGGGCGAUGACAGACAUUUCCAUACUCAGGCCUGUGAGGGAGGCAGAUGUGAAGCUGGCAGAUAUUUCCUUGGCACACCACAGCCGGGGAGGGAAGGCUGGUGGGGCUCCCGAUCAGCCUUGCCCCUGACUAAGUCAUCCCCUGAAAGCAGAGAGGCGUAUGAAAACAGUAUGCCCCACAUAACUUCAGUGCACAGGAUUCACGGGAGAGGACACUGGGAUGAGGACAGUGUUGUUAGCUCUCCUGAUCCUGGCUCUGCCAGUGAAUCUGGUGACCGAUACCGUGCUGAACAGUAUCAGAGCAGCCCACAUGAGCCCAGCAAAAUUGAAACUCUAAUAAGAGCCACCCAGCAAAUGAUCAAAGAGGAAGAAAACAGGCUACAGCUACGGAAAACAACUCCUGAUCCACUGAUCUCCAUUAAUGGCACAGGGAAGAAACACACAAUUUGUUUUGCAAACUACCCCCAGCAACAGUUGGCAGGGGAUAUCUGCCGCGUUCCGACGGUUGCCAACACUCCUCCUUGUGAACACAUCCAGCAACGGGAUGGAAAAAUUAUGAGCCCUCAUGAAAAUGACUAUGACAACAGUCCCACAACAUUGUCUAGGAUAAGCAGUCCCAAUUCUGACCGAAUAUCAAAAUCUAGCUUGGUACUAGCUAAAGACUACCUGAAUACAGACAUGUCCCCUCAUCAAACUCCAGGUGAUCAUCCAGCAGCUUCUCCAAAUUAUUACAACUCCCACAGGCAGUACUUUGAUAAGCAUGCUUACACGCUAACUGGGUAUGCCCUGGAGCAUCUAUACGACACUGAAGCCAUUAGAAACUAUUCACUAGGCUGCAAUGGAUCACACUUUGAUGUGACUUCUCACUUAAGGAUGCAGCAAGAUCCAGCACAAGGACACAAAGGGACAUCCGUUAUAAUAACCAAUGGAAGCUGACACUUUUUUCUAAAAACUUUUGUGCUUUAAAAAGUAACAUUAGAGAUCUAAUUGGAAGAUAUAAUAAGUUUUCAUGCCCUUGUCAUUACCAGCAUCUGAUAUAUCACAGUGCACUAGAGAGACUAACUUGAGGUUUGGGAAGAUGAGUUAGUUAACAAAUGUUACUUUUAAAACAUAAAAAUGCACUGGCAUGCAGGGUUAGAGGGAAUGGAGCUAAACUCAAAGUUGGUGCCAUUUGAGGUGUAAACGAUGGAAGAGGUCUAAAGAGGGAGCACCUGGGCAGACUAGCAGAGCCAUUUAUGCGCAUUGUGUAAGAGGUGUUUGUUCGGAACCGCUGCCCAGGGCAGACUUUCUGAACUGUGUGUGUCCCACACAUCCCAGAUAACAAAACUGCUAUGCACUAUCACAGAAAGUUGGAAUGUGUUUCUCUAAAAUACACAUCAAAAUGUGUAUUUCUGGUGAUCUUUUUAUUCCCUAAAGACCAAGUGUGUUAUGUUGCUCUGUGGUAUAAAGCAUCAGUGGCCAACCAAUACAAAAUAAAAAGGGGAGGAAUAACUCCUCAGAUUUGUUAUUUUCUGGUGUAUUCACACGCAUAGUUAUUUACAUACACUUGAUUUGAAAGGAGUCAAAUGAGCAGUAUCCUCAUAAUUAGAAUAAUCACAUACUAUGACUGUAUUUAAAAGAAAUUAAGAGGGUCUUUCUCAGUAUAGUUUUGAGAAAUGUUUGUCUUGAUGGAGAUAUGGGAGAUUGCCCUCAUUUUUGAGUGGUUGCAAGAAAGGGGAAGUGGAGUGAAAUGGAAAAAAAAUCCUUGAGAGAAACAGAGAGAAUAGACUGGAGUUAGGAGUGGUCAAAGAUACACACAUUUAACCCUAUGGCUAUGUAUGCCAUUCAGUAAUAAUUACAGCAUGAGAAAAAAUGCUUAUAAAUGGCCAAAUAAUGAAGAAUUAAACUGAAACACAAAAGAAACUCAAUAGAAUCAGAAAAAUUUCUGUAAAGUACAAAAGCAACUGCAUACCUGUAAGAAUAUAGCAGGGAUAGAUAAAAACAUCAUGGAGGUUUGUCAUAAUUUUGAACAAGCUUUGCAGCAAAUUAAGAAAACAUAGAAGGUUAUAAGUACUCUGACAUAAAGAGGAGUAAUUGGUAUGGCUUUAAAAAAGGAAUAUGCAUUCUUUUCUUGCUUACAGAAAAAAAAAAAAAAAGAUAUAUGAACAUAUUAGGAAUACCAAAAUCAGUCAUGUAUAAAGAAAAGAUUACUGAGGGAAAUUAGGGCUCCAAAAAAUUCAAUCGCAUUACAAAUACUGAUGUUAUUGUGGCCUGUCCUGGUUUUAUAGAAGAUAUCAAAAGAGGCAGAAAAAAAUUCUGUGAUUUUUAAUAAUCUCAUGAACAAAGAGUCACUAACGGAUUAGUCAAUCCGUCAAACUCUGAAAAGAGUCAAUAAAAAACCUAUGCUAAAAGAGUAAAAUAUUUGUAGGCAAGAUUAUUAGACCUGUGCUUCUUUUUAUGGUGUUUAUAAGACAUCUCAAAGUUGACUGCAACAGGAACAGGACCAGCACUCCUUAUUACACCAAAAUGAAGGUAAGAGGACUUGAGGUGGUUACAGAAAUGAGAUUAGCACUAAGUCAAGCUUCAUUUGUAACAUUAAGAAUUUCAACAUGUGGGAUUGAGUCAUCAGUGGAACUAAAUAUAAAGCAGCAUGCUAUGGGUGAGUUAAAAAUAUCUAUUUUCAAAUAAAAUUAAUGAGAAGCAAAAGCUAAAUAAUAACAUUGUAAGCCACGUAAGUAUAGAUGUACUUGAAAGUAGAGGAAAUUAACUCUCUGAAUGUGGAAUAUUGUGUAUAGUUCUGAUCACUCCAAGGCAGAUUGUGAAUCUUGAAUUGAGUAGUACCUUACUCCAUAAGCAAUCUCUGUUGACUGCAGUGUGAUCACUUCUGGUGAAAUGUACGUUGAACACAAGGAAGAGCAACAGUCUGUUCUUUAUUAUCUAAAGCCCAUAAUAGAAAAGGUGGAGCAGAGCUCAGCAAAAAGAUAAAGAGACUGAAAGAUCUAAUAAAAACUUUAAAUAAACUGGGUCUGUCAUCUUUGUAACGGAAAAAAGUAUGGGGGAAUGUCACUGGGGUGUACCAAGCUCUGCACAGAAGAGAGAUAAAUAACGCUCUAAAACUAUUUGAACUAGUGACAGAAAUGAGAGACAGGGCAUUGAAUGUUAGCCAAAGUAAAAUGAGAACAAAAUGAUUUGGCAAGAAAUGUAUUUGACUAACUGCCAAAUGAAUAACAAAGGUCUAGAGAUUUUUGUUUGUUUGUUUGUUUUAAGAUAAAAGCAAGGCAAAUAAUUGAAGGGGAGAAAAACACUGACAACCCUUAAUUCAGAGGAAGGAAUGGACCAAAAUGGACUUCUUUCAGCCCAACAAUAGUAUAUUUUCCUAAAGCAUAGGAACAACAAAGUAUUUUUGAUAAAUCCAGUUCUGGAUAAGUAUUUAUUUCACUUAUUCAUAAGAAUAAUAUGGAUGAACUUGUAUUUGGAGUCUCAUUGUACAGUAUUAAAAUACAAUUUGCAAAGCGAAUUAGAGUAGAGGUACACGGUAUCGUAUUAUCCUUACUAGUACAUAUAAAAAGAAGUCUAAGUGUCAAUAUUAUUUUGUAUUACUGAGGAGUUUCCUAAACUGUUUGGAUGAGUGGGAUUCUGACAGCACUGAAGUUUUUUAGGGUCAUCAAGCGCCCUUGUUACCAAACUUUUAAUUAGAAGGCAAUAGGGUUCUGCAGAUCAGCUUGUCUAAUGGUCCUAUGGCCACAAGUAGUCAGAAGAAGACAGUUUGGGCAUUCCAACAGGCACUUCCAAACAGAGAACUUACAAAGCAGACAGGCACAAUAUAGGAUGUUUCUAUCUUUACAAUUUCAUCUAGGAAAAAGCCAGUGUGCUGUGCAAUAAAAUAACCCCCACUGUCAUUUACUUUAAGUCCAAAAUAAAAAUUUCAAAACUGUUGUUACUUCUAUUUUCAACAGUACCAGUCUGCUACAGUGACAAAUGCAACAAAAUGUGCUGCAGUAAAUAGGAUACCUGAUAUAUAAGUAGAGAGGUAGAAGGGUCUGUUCCUGCAGCUGUGCUCUGCUACAAAAAUAGGCUGAUGCUCAAUUCCCUCCUGGAUUUUCAGCAACUGUUGUUCCUCAGCACUUCAAUAGAUGCCUUUUGUUAGCUAAUUUGCUAUUCUGCUGUUUUAGAUAGCCAGGAACUUCUUCUGAAUUGACAGAAAGCAUUGAAUGUUGUAAACAUAGACUCUGCAUGCUACAUGCUACAUGUGCAAACUUGCAACCUUAAUUAUAGCAUAUAAUAUCACUGCAGCUCAUAUAACAUACUUUUAAAUAUGGUAUAAAGCUUAUGUUUUCCAUUGUGUAUUUAUUUAAUUUGAAUUUUUUCAUUUAGUAUCCUUCAAGGAUACAGCGUUUUUUUUUUCCCCUUCCUUUUCUAAACCAAAUGAAGUAUUUCAGAAGAUCCAAAAAUGCAAGGCAUUUGUACCAAAUACAUCAAAUGUAUCACAUUAGCUAAAGGUUAUCACUUCAAAGCAGAUAUGUAGGUUGUGAAUUGGUACAGGAAAAAUAAAAAUUGAUGUGCUGUGUCAUUUCUCUAACAUAAUAGUGCUUUGCUAUUUACAGCAAAUUAAUAUUUUGUAGCUACUCCAACAGUAGAGUAAUGACAGCUCUCAAAUCAUUUCUCAUUGACAUCAGUGGAUGGUGCAUUACGAUUUUGGUGUAUCUCUUUUAAAGUGGAAAAAAAUUCCCUAAUUUUUAUACAAAAUUGCACCCCAGAAUGCGACUGUGAACAAAUUUGCACAAUGAUUCUUCAGUUAGGAAAAGAACCUUACUCAGCAACUUGUCCCAUUGACUGUAAUGGGAAUAUCUGUGGAGUAAGGUACUACUUAAUACAUACAAGGGCCAAAAAUGUUGACUUCUUGUGAGAUGGCAACAGGUUUGGGUUUUUGUUUGUUGUUUUGAGUCUCAGAAUAUGAGUAUGGAAACCCUAAAAGGUGAUGGCUGUAAUGGCUCUGGUUCUAUGAUAGAGUUUUUUCGUAUGUGCUUUGAAAAUGAGUGCAUCUCUGCGUGGAAGAGGCUCAGAUGUACUUCCUUAAGAUUCAUGAGGCUUUGCUGAUGUAUCCACAGUACUGCUGUAGGUUACACACUGAAACUCUGUUCGUUCAAACAUUCUUAAUCACUUUUAUCUGAAUCUUGUUUUUAUUUCUGGACUCGCAGCAUUUAUUCAUUAAUGUUCCUAAAUAUAUUAACUACCAUAUGUUCAAUUAUGUGAACAUCCUGAGUGAACUGGGGGGAAAGAAAAGUAUUUUUGGAAAAGGAACAGCCACUCCAGAAAACCAGACUGGGUGUUGUGAAGGCCAGUUAACCUUUCUGUCAUGGAACAAAUCUGAGGUGUACACUUGAGUUUUAGACCCUCUGCAGAAUCAUGUCGUGCAGUCUUGUGAUGAUACCUAGCUAUGUCUGUCCUAAGAUGGCUGUAGUUAAUGUCAACAGUUCAGGCUCUGGUAUUUCCACAAGUUGCAAAUUUACUUGAAACACCGAAGGGGCUAAAGGCAAUGCAGGCAUUGUUGUCAGGAUCAAUGGUGGAUGAACAACCUGUGGGUUGUUCCCACCAAUUCUGUGGGUAUACUCCAGGCACCUUCGCAGUGUGAAGGAGAACCUUUUUAUUAGCAGGUAAUAUUGGUGGUUAAAUAUUCUGGCUGUAUGCACUGAGAAGCAAAAACAAAGCAAAACAACAAAAAAACCAAACCAAACCUAAAGCAAAAAAAACCUACUUUUUUUUUUUUUUUUUUUUUUUUUCUGUAAUCCAAUGGUAUGAUGUUGAUAUAGCCUGCUAGAGGAGGUGUUGAGUUUUUAGCAAAGUGUUUUUAUCAGGUUGUUAUUCUGGAGGCUAAAAACUGAAAUAGUCUUCUGUUUGGAAUGAUGAGAGCACUAGUGUGACUCCAUUUCACAUUUCCUUAGAGCAUUUAUUAAUGAAAAAAUUAUGUGAGGUUAAAAUUCACAGUAACAUUUAGCAUAUUUGUACAAGAGUCCUGUGGAUAAAUCUGGCUCUAUGUUGCUAAGAAUGCAUCCUUUUCUGAAAAGAGGUAAUUUAUGACUCCAUCUAUGAAACUGUAUUUGAAAAGAAAGAUCAAAUACAGGCAGAAACAAAGCUUUCUUCUGAUCAGAUUCAGUAACUCCUUUCUCAUAUGGAAUUAUAAAGAUUUCCUGUUGUUCUAGGAUUCAAAAUGCAGCUUUGAAGGUGUUUAUUUAUUGCAGUUAGAACUGCAUGUUAUUUUUUUUUCCAGAUGCCAAUACAAUGGGAAGUUUGGGAAUAAAAGAAACAGUCUUGCUUACACCACUUAAAACAUGCACUUUUGCAUUUAAAUGAAAUAAAAUCUAUUAGGAAAAGUUCUUUUAAGGCACUGAAACUUUUUCCCAAGGUAAAUAUUUCAAUGCAUAAAAUAUGCUAAUCUAGGGGAAAAAAAAGCACUUGAGACAUACUGAAAUAUUUCAUGUUUGCUUUAAACCAAUGGGUUAUACUUUUGGAAAAAAACACAGAUUGCCAGCAUUUUAAAUACCAUGCCUUGCAAUGUAUAGGGUCUAGUGACAUUGUAGCAUAACAUCUGUAAUUGGAAGAUUUCCUUUGGAAUGUAAUGUAGGAAACAGAAUUUAGCUUUGUCAACAAUAUCUUGCAAAGUGUUCCCAUUUAUAAUUAUUUAUAUUGUAAAUAGCUUUCUGAAGUAAAUUUGAAGUUAAUGUGCAUAAGAUGUAUUUAUUAUGUGAAGAUUUUUUUUUUUGUUUAAAAUAUAGCUACCAAUAUGCAA